AUGAUUGCUAUGGAAGAUUCUAUAUCAGAAAGUGUUCAUGAUAAAGUGUCAGAAGCUGAAACUGAAUCCACAAGAUCUGAUUCCUCGUCAAACUUAAGAAGGUCCACAAGGACCAGAAAACCUCCGAAAUAUCUUUUGCAAGAAGUAUCAAUACCUGCGCGCAAAACUAGACGUGUUGAUUACGAUAAAAAGAAUUCAAACGUUUACAGUGGCGCAUCAGAAACAGAAAAUGAUUCUCCUGAAUCGCUGCCUGAGAGAGUUAAGCGGCGAGGACGACCAAAAAAAUCAUCAACUACUCAGAAAAAUGUCGUCCAAAGAACUAAAAGAACCCGAAGAACUCGGAAAACACCAGAAGAACCACCAGAAAAUUCAGUUGAAAAUUUAAUGGAAUUACGAGAUGAUUCAUCAAAUUCAUCAGAGAUUACUCGCUUACCUGAAGCACAAAAUUCAAAUAAACAAAAAUUUCCAACGAAUGUAUCACGCGGAGAACCUUUAGAAGAAAGCGGUCAAACAAUUUAUGAGUCAAUUUUUAGUUCAAAUACCUCUUUGGAAAAUGCAGCAUUUAACUGGUCAUGUGGAUGUUCCGAAACGUUAGAAAGGAAGACCUUUGAAGAGUCCGAUAAUAUACCGGACGUUCUUAAGACAUUACAGGAUGUAUUUAAAAAAGAGCCGUUAGCAGAUUAUCCCUUAAUUUCGAAAGCUAAAGAAUAUAAAAAAUUCCGUAAAAAUUUAUUGAUUUUCUUCCGCAGACUUAUAGGGCAUGUAAAAUAUGAUGUAAUAUAUGAUGAUUUUUUCUUCGACACCAUACAAGCUUGGGUAGUUCCCAUGUCAAGUUCUCCAUCUCGUCCUUUUCGUCAUACCGCAACCACGAUUGCUCUUAAUUUGUUUAGUUGUAUCUGUGAAGUUGCACAAGAAGUUCACAAAGAGUGGUCCAUUACAUCACGUCAAUUAGAAUCUGAAAAUAGAAAUAAAGCCUCAAAGACGGCAAUUAAAGAAUUACAAUUAAAAACUACGGAUUUAAACAAGAAGAAAAAUCGACUGUAUUCGUAUUUUGAUGAUCUUUUCGAUGGUGUAUUUGUUCAUCGUUAUCGAGACGUGGAACCCAUUAUCAGAUCUGAAUGCAUUAAAGAAUUAGGCGUUUUGAUCAUCAGACAUCCAGAUCGAUUUUUGGGCGACACUAUAAUAAGAUAUCUUGGCUGGCAAUUAUCUGAUAAGUCACCUAUUGUAAGACUUGAAUCAUUGAAAGUACUUGAACAGCUAUACGAAAAUGAAACAUUCGUGAGUGGUUUACGUAAUUUCACCGAAAGGUUCAAACCUAGAUUAUUGGAAAUGGCGAUACGCGAAUCAGAUGUUAAUGUUCGCAUAUCUAGUAUCCAAAUACUUACUCUUAUUCAUAAAAUUGGAUUGUUGGAUGAUGAUGAGCGUGAUCAAUUGUCACUCCUUAUUUAUUGCGAUAUAUCUAAGGUGAGGAAGGCUAUUGCGUCUUUCGUCAAAAUAUCUCUUGAAGAAGAUUUUAUCAAAGAGAAGCGUACAGAAGUUCAAACCUUGAUGACUAGUAGUGGUACUAAACGAAAAAGAAAUAUUGAUAGUGGGUCCAAUGAAGAAAUAAAUUCUACUAAACAUGAUUGGAUCGCAUUCAAGUGUUUAGCCGAGUUCUUGAUAAAAUAUGGAAAAACCCUAAAGGGCGAUGUAGAAAGUAGUAGAAUAGGAUUAGCUAUCCAGGAUCUUUGGGCAGAUCUAGAUAUAUUACAUGAAUGGCAUAUACUAGCGGAAUACCUUUCUAAAGACCAUUCUUCCACAAGUCAAUCUCAAGAAUCACAAGAUAAUAUAAAUUCUAGCGAUACUAUUGAAGAUUGUUAUCGUCUAAGUGAAAAGGAGGAAUCUGCCUUAGUGCAAGUUUUUGUAAAAUGUUUACAGCUAAGUUUGGUGGAGAGUGUCACAGCGAAAGACAAAAAAAAGGCUGAUGAACAGAUAACCGGGAGACGCGCAGAAAUUUCGAGAACAAUGAUAACAAUUUUACCCCGGCUUCUGACGAAAUAUGCGCCUGAUCCAGGGCGAAUAGUCGAAGUGUUGCGAGUUCCUCAAUUAAUGAAUUUGUCAGUGUAUUCUGAUCUCCGCAUGCUAAAAGCAUUCGAAUUUUUAGUUGAGGAUAUUAAGAAACUUUAUCUUAAGCAUACACAUCCUCUCGUUCUUAAUCACGCCGCCGCAACAUUCCAAUACAUGAAGCAAUAUGAUAUAUUAGCCUCUACAGUAGAAACCUAUCUAGGAGAAUUGCAAGAUGAGGUUGUAAAGACAUUCCUUGAAGAAUGCGAAAAUAAGGAAUUAUUGGAUGAGGAACUCACUAGCGACCAAAUACAUUCAUUAAGUGUCGCUUUAAUUCGUCUAGAGCAAUUAAUUACUGUCAUAAAUGUCAUUAAUAUGGAUGAUUUUUCGGAAGAAAAUAAUAAGGAUGUAUAUAACUAUAUCAUCAAAUUAACAAGGAGAGGAUUAUUGAAUAAUUUUGAAGAAGAAAAGAUGGUUAUAUCGGCGAUAAAUUUCCUCUGGUAUUAUUUACUAUGGAAAGUAGAACAUAUUUCUUCAGAAGAAAAUGCCAAAAAUAUUACGCCUGAUUCUUUGGACAAUUUCAUCACGAAAAGAAAUCAAAUUGCUCAGACCAUGUAUGAUAUUGGUAUUUCGGUUCCAUCGGAAGCGCCUCAUAGCAUUAAAUUGGCGGCAUUUCGAGUACUGGGAAACAUUUAUUGGCUCUUUUCAAGUGAUUUAUUUGAGCAUUCCAGUAUUCCUGAACUAUCAAAAUUAAAACUUGAGUGUCGUCCAGGUAGACAGGAAAGGAUUGAACAAUUUGUUGAGGAGGAAAUUGAAAGUUAUAGAAAUAUUUAUAAUAAUGCAGAAAAAAAACUGUUAAAAGAAAGAAAAAAUGUUGUAAUUGACGAAGAACAAGAUUUCGAAAAACCUGUUAAAAAAGCAACGAAAAAUGUUGAUAUAUUUAUUGAACCUGAAGAAAGACUUCAGAUUAUGGAAAUAAUUGGAACCCUUUUACGUGGCGUCAGAGGUGGAUGGUUUCAUGUAUCGCGUUCGGCGAGUGUGAUUUGUCAAUAUGGAACUCUUGGAGCCGAUCUUGAUGAUGUAAUUAAAAAAUUAAUAUCAGAAUUCAAAGAAAGAAUUUCAUCCGGAGAAACUCAUUUAUUCGCAAAUGUGUUCAUCCAUUCGUUGAAAAAGUCUCAUUCACUCUAUGUAGAAAGACACAUUGAUUCUACUAAUGGGACUUCAUGGCUAGCUCGCCUUUGUUCAAACGCUCUGCAGUUUCGAGGGAACAAAUCAUCACGCAAAGAAACUGGUCACAUAGUGGAAUUACAUAAAGAAGGAAUUAGUUAUAUUACAUCUAUUAUAUCCGGGUAUCGGCUCAUUAGUAAUAAUGAAGCUAUAUCAAGAGUGAUCAAAUUUUUCAAAAUUUUGACCAUGUUAUUAACUGGAAUUAAUUUUAAUGAUGCGAACAAAAUAGAAUCAUUUCUUAAACAAGAGAUUGAAGCAAAUGAAAUAAUUGUGGUUGAAUCAGAUAAACAGUGGGAACCUUAUUAUUCAUACUUGCUCAGGAUCAACAAUAUCACGAAAAAGGGCGGAGGCAAAAAAGAUAAUUCCUUGAUCAAUAAUGAGGUGGUUUCAUCAUCAUCUAAACGUUCUGCGCCAGUGGAUGAUGAUGAAACAAAAUCACCUCCCAAAAAGCGGAAAAGAUCAAGUCCCGCGGAAGAUAAUAACGAGGCAACAAUCGAAAAUGAGGAUUCAGAUAGAGAAAGCAACGCAAGCUUUCAAAGUGUUGCCGAUAUAAGAAGCAAAAAGAAGUUACGUCGCUAA